GAAGUGGCAUGGCAGGUUGAACAUCAUGCCACUGUCAUUAAAGUUGAAGCCGUGCCAAGGUGCCCAGGGCUGACUAAGCUUUCAGUUACUGCACAAACAUGAAUCCGUCACACAAGAUGUGAUAAUGCUUUUUCCUUGUUUGCAACAGAACAAGUUAGCACAUCCAGACACUUUUGGAGAGGUAUAUUAGUAUGAAUUAGCACUGCUGUUUAGCAAGGCCCAAUGCUUGUCUUCUGCAUUUGGGUGGGAAAAAAAUUAGGACAUUUUAGUGGUGAAGAGAUUUCUAACAUGUUAAGAGUGCAAAAAUUCCUGACAUACCAACAGAAAGUACCGCCCACCUCUUUGUAGUUUGGGGCAUCGUCAACUGGCAGUUGCGCAGAUAUAAAUAUGCGUCUUACAAACAUGUGCAAAUAUGGAAUUCAGAUUUGUCCCAAUAUAAAUAAGCCAAACCUGUCAUAGGUAGGCACAGUGUGGUCCACACGUCGCCGACACUCAACGCACACUUUAAUGUGGCCUGCCUCUACCACUUGAGGAUUCUUUAGAUUGUUGAUUAAACAACCAUCGCGGAAGAAUGCUUUUCUUUGUGGUCCUCACUCUGCUUGCCUCUUCUGCUGGGGCUGAGUUCCUGCCUCAGUUCUUCUCGUUCUCCCCGCCGGUGGGGUCGGGAAGUGGCAGCUCUUACAGCAUCACGGGCGAAGGAAGGAUCACAGCUGUGAGAGUGUGGGAGUACUACUCCGGCUACAUCAGAGGCUUCCAGUUCCGCUACGGCUUCAUCUGGUCUCCCAUAGCCGGUUACCAGUAUGGAAACAGCCACACGUUUGAGCUGUUUGACGACGAAGCCAUCAUCCAGAUCUCUGGGAAGUACGCUCACUACCUGCAGUCAUUGGUGAUCACCACUACCAGGGGCCGCUCCAUGUACGUGGGCCAGCCGAGUGGGCACUCCUUCAACCUCUAUCCCACCCACAAGCAAGCGGAGCUGCGCUUCAUCAGCGGCCGGUUCCAUGGCGGCAUCACCUCCAUCGGAGCGCACUGGGCCAUUCUGGACCCAACGCUCAACAGCACGACUGAGCACUGAAGAGGAGAGAAGAGGUAGCGGUUAAUCAGCUGUUCAGUUUCUACACCUAUAUGUCUAACUUAAUCACAGGUAUGAUGAAGAUGAUGAGAAUUUUUUUUUUCUGUUGUUUGCUUCUGUUGAGAAAUAAGUAGCUUUUAGUCGUGCUGUUUGAUGUAAUUUCAGUGUCUGGCCAGUGAACUACAACUUUUUCAACUUAAUGUAAUGCAAUUCCCAGUUUGAUUGAAACAUAAUGCAAUAAAAGUCAAAAGCAAAUGUCUAAUGAGGACUUCUUGAUCCGUAGAGAGUGUAACAUUACAAGAGGAAGUAACAGUGAGGAUUUUUAUUUAUUUUUUUAAAGCAUUUUACCAUUACGUGGCAACCUCAAGUCGACCGGCUUCCUUCUCAUAUGACAUAUUGACUGGACUACCUACACAGUAUUUAACCAUCACCAACAAAAACUGGGACCAUUUUGUUUUUCCAGAAACAUUCAUUUAAAUUCAACUUUUAAAAUUAAAGUUUGCUGUUGUUACCCUGUCA